UCGCUUUCAUCCAUUUGCCGUGUUAGCCAUCCGCUGUACCUGACACUCUGGUCCAGCCAUACCCGAAUUGCCUGCGUCCCUCGAGACCCAGCAAGCUCUCUAUCAAUGGCUUCAUCGACGCCUCUCGUGGUGCUCUGCGGCGACCGCGCGCCCGAUGCGCUUGUGCAGACCGCGGCGGCUCUGCAGACCAGCGGUGUGCGCGUAGCCUCGCUGUGCUCGCCAGCUGUGGAGGCCGCGCUGGUGACCGCCAAGGUGCCGCACGUGGCUGUUGCUACGCCCGCCGACGUGCAGCUCAUGCUCUCGGACCGUGUGGAGGCGGUGCUAGCUUUGCCGCCCAGCGCUUCGGACGUUGGCGCUGCGGCGCACUCGCGCGUGGCUCAGUGGGUCUCGGGCGCUUACUCAUUCGUGCGCACUGCCGCCUGGAACCACAAGCAGAUCAGCGUCGUCGUGGACGAGGCCGACCUGGCAACGGUGCAGAGCAAGAUCUCGCGCGACGGCUCGCUUGCCUUCUCGCUGCGUGAGCGCCGCGCAUUGGCUGAGAAGGCCUUCGCUCUGUUCGCCGAGCUGGACAAGGCCAUCGCCGCCAGUCUCAACGGUGACGACGAGCUGGUUCACGACGUUUUGCUGGUCGGCAACGGCGGCCGCGAGCAUGCCAUCGCCUGGAAGCUGGCCCAGUCUGCCUCCGCCGGCCACAUCUAUGUGGCUCCGGGCAACGCCGGUACGGAGGACGUCGCUGCCGGCAUCUCCAACGUCAACAUCGGCGUGGGGGCGCACGACGAGCUCAUCGCCUUUGCCAAGAGCAAGGGCGUGACCUUCUGCGUGGUGGGACCUGAGGCCCCGCUGAUCGAUGGUCUGGCUGACAAGAUGAACGCUGCCGGCAUCCCGACGUUUGGCCCGAGUAAACUGGCCGCUCAGCUGGAGGCGUCCAAGGCGUUCUCCAAGGACUUUAUGCGUCGCAACAACAUCCCGACUGCGGCGUACCAAAACUUCACAGAGUACGAGAAGGCCAAGGAGUAUCUGGACUCGAUCGACCACAACAUCGUCGUUAAGGCUUCGGGUAUUGCUGCUGGUAAGGGAGUUCUCAUCCCGACCAACAAGACUGAAGCCCAUGAAGCUCUGCGUGAGGUUAUGCUGGAAAAGGCUUUCGGUUCAGCUGGCGAUGAGGUUGUUUUGGAAGAGUUCAUGACUGGAGAGGAGGUGUCGCUUCUUGCGUUCUGCGACGGCGAGCGUGUGGUGUGCAUGCCUGGCGUGCAGGAUCACAAGCGUAUCUCGGAUGGCGACCAGGGCCCGAACACGGGCGGUAUGGGAGCUUACGGCCCUGCUCCGUGCCUCACUAGCGAGCUGGAACGCGAGUGCGUUGACAUUGUGGAGCGUGUGAUUGCUGCUAUGAAGAAGGAGGGCAUGCCGUACGUUGGUGUGCUGUACCCGGGCUUCAUGCUCACUCCUACUGGCCCCAAGAUUGUCGAGUUCAACUGUCGAUUCGGUGACCCGGAGACGCAAGUGGUAUUGCCACUGCUGCACAGCGACCUGUUCGAGAUCAUGCGUGCCUGUGUGGAGCACCGUCUGGAGCGCUCGCUUGUGUCGUGGAAGAGCGGAGCUGCAGCUACCAUUGUGAUGGCAUCGCAAGGAUAUCCGAACAGUUACCCCAAGGGCAAGAUCAUUACCGGUCUGGAUGAUGCUCAGGCACUGAAGGACGUCGAUGUAUUCCACGCCGGUACAGCGAAGGCAGACGGCAGCAUCGCGACGUCGGGUGGCCGUGUCCUUGCUGUUACUGCUGUGGGUCCCUCGCUUCAGGGAGCUCUGGACCGCGCGUACGAAGGAGUCUCGAAGAUCCACUUCGAGGGCGCGCAGUACCGUUCGGACAUUGGUCUGAAGGGCUUGCUGCAUGGUGCUAAGAAGCUCAAGCUGGCGGUGCUGGGCUCUACUCGUGGCAGCAGCAUGCAGCCGAUCAUUGAUGCCAUUGAAGCAGGUGACCUGAACGCCAGUAUCGACAUCGUGGUCAGUGACAAGGCUGCUGCUGGCAUCCUGGAGCGCGCCAAGACGCACGGAAUCGAGUCUGUGGCUCUGUCGGCCAAGGGUUUGUCGCGUGCUGAGUUCGACGCUCAAGUGUCUGAAGUGCUGAAGAAGAAGAACAUCGAUCUGGUGCUGCUUAUCGGAUACAUGCGCAUUAUGUCGGGCGAGUUCUGCAAGGAGUGGGAAAACAAGGUGCUGAACGUGCACCCGUCGCUGCUUCCUGACUUCGCUGGUGGCAUGGAUCUCGCUGUGCACCGCGCUGUUCUUGACGCAAAGAAGACUGAGAGUGGCUGCACUGUUCACUUCGUUACGGAGGAGGUGGACGCUGGUCCGAUCGCUGUGCAGAUGAAGUGCCCAGUGUUGGAGAACGACACGCCGGAGACGCUCAAGGCGCGUGUGCAACCUCUGGAAGGAGCUGCGUUCCUGCACGCCAUCAAGUUGGCGCAGACUGGUCUGCUGUUCAAGAACGGAAAGAAGGAGAUCACGUACGCCGAUGCCGGUGUGAGCAUCGACGCUGGCAACGAACUGGUUGACCGGAUCAAGCCGCUCUGCAAGUCGACUGUGCGUGUGGGCUGUGACGCUGAUCUCGGUGGAUUUGGCGGCAUCUUCGACCUGCAGGCUGCUGGUUACGACAAGGACACGGCGCUUGUGGCGUGCACGGAUGGUGUGGGUACUAAGCUGCGUGUGGCUCAGCUGGCCAAAAAGCACGACACUGUUGGUAUCGAUCUCGUUGCUAUGUGCGUCAACGAUCUUAUUGUGCAGGGCGCUGAACCUCUGUUCUUCCUGGACUACUAUGCAUGCGGCAAGCUCGAGGUGGACGAGGCUACGGAUGUGGUCAAGGGUAUUGCCGAGGGCUGCCGUCAGUCGGACUGUGGUCUAAUCGGCGGUGAGACGGCUGAAAUGCCGUCUAUGUACCACGACGGAGACUAUGAUAUGGCCGGCUUCUGUGUGGGUGCCGUGCGCAAGAACGCUAUCCUGCCUCUGCCGGUUGAGGCUGGUUUCGCCGUGCUGGGUCUGGCCUCGUCGGGUGUGCACUCGAACGGUUUCUCGCUGGUUCGCAAGCUUGUGGAGGUAUCGGGUCUUGCGUACAGCGAUCCGUGCCCGUUUGAGGCCGGCAAGACUCUGGGUGAAAGCCUGCUUACACCUACCAAGAUUUACGUGAAGCAGCUGAUGCCUACGGUCAAGGCGAAGCUCAUCAACGCUCUUGCUCACAUUACCGGCGGUGGUCUUUUGGAGAACAUCCCGCGUGUAUUGACCAAGGACUUGGCUGUGGACAUUGACUGCGCUAGCUGGCCUUUGCCUCCCGUGUUCAAGUGGCUGCAGAAGAUGGGUAACCUUUCCAACACCGAGCUUGCUCGCACCUUCAACUGCGGUAUCGGCAUGGUGCUGCUUCUGCCGGAGGCCAACGUUGCUGAGGUGACGCGUCAGGUCGAAGCGAGUGGCGAGAAAGUUUACCGUCUGGGUACGACUAUUGCACGUGCUGCUGAUGCUGAGCAGGUUGUGCUGCGUGGCACAAUGGCUUAGACGCUCAGGUAGUGGAGGCUUUUGAUUAACGUUCACUUCUGAAUAUUACAUUUCAUAUCCUGGUCUUUGCCUUGUCCUCAUUCUUUGGAUUCAUAUCGACAUGGUGCUCUUCUUGAACAGCCACAGCAG